UUUGGUUUUUAAAGCUUCUUAGAUAAUUCUGGUAUAAAACAGGGUCGAGGCUCACUGAUUCAGUGGGUCCCCACCAGCAUGAAAAUAAGGCAAUGAAUAAAUGGAAUAGAAUAGAGGAUCUCUACAGGCUUGUAGGGGAAGAGCUCAGCCUCAGGUCUACGUGUUAUACAUGCAGAUGGUGUGAGUUGCUAGAUCAAUGUGGGUCUGAAAAUGAAUGAAGGAGAAAGGGAGCAUGUCCUGGAGUUCACAGACCAGCCGCGGGGAUAGAUGGACUGAAGGAGUUCAAGGACACCCCUCCCCCAGCACAGUAGGGAGCUCUGUGGCGCAGGCAGUGAGGCGAGGGUCAGGGAGGCGAGGGUCAGGGAAAGCAACAGAAGCAUCUGCGUAAGCAAAGAGUGAGGUGUCAGGACUCCCCUGAAGCAGGCAGGGCCUUCGAGGCACAGAGGACAAAAUGUACGUAGUUGGAGGCGUGUAAAAGAAUGCAGUAAGUUCCAGGAAGGGAACCAGCAGUUGCUGGCGGUGUGGCUGGAGCCUGGGGGUGUGAAGGGGAGUGGCAGACGAUUGCAGGGGCCUGGGAAAUGUGAGCUGAGAGGAAGGAAGGUCACUGACCCCUUGCCAGGAAACAAUCUACGGCAGGUGACCUAAUCUGAGCAGAGCCACUCACGUGGGUAGUCAUGACAACCACUGACAGCUUGUGUAAAGCUAUUUCUGUGGACCAAGGACUCAUGGAGUCUGAGGGCACUAGACAUUUCUUUCUAGGAAACAUUUUGGGGUGCUUAAGCAAAGAUCAGUCAGCAACACUCCUAUGUCCCUUUUCCCAAGAACCCAGGCCCUCUUCAGCAGCAUUUUAUUUGGGCUAACACCCUUUCUGCCAAGCACUGAGUCGGAGGGCCAGAAACAAGUCAGGCACCUCUGCCCUGGGAAAGGGAGACAGCGGCACGACAACUAGGACACAGGGCAGGAUGUUGGAACUGCCCAAACUUUGUCCUACGGGAAGGCAAAGGCAAGGGCGGCCAGUUCUGUGUGGGUAGUCAGAGGCGAAUUUUUGGAGGAAGAGGCUAAGGGCCUGUAAGGGUUCACAUGUUUGACGGCUAAAGAGUUGAAGUGUCGGUGGUGAAAGGGCAGGGAAAGGCUUAAAGAACACAAGGAUCUGCAAACACUGAGCGAUGGCACAUAGCCGAAGCUGAAGUACAGAGUGUAGCUGGGAAUGAGGUGGACAGACAGGCAGAGGGGCCAGGACAACAGACAGCCUCGUGCCGAGUGAAGGCGUUUGGUAUUGGGAGGCAAGAGGGAACCAUUGGAGGUUUUUAAGCUGAGGAGUGAGAUGAUCAAAGCCAGGUUAGAAGGACAUUUAGCUGACAGCCCAGACAGAGACUGGAGGAAUGGAGAAGAGGUUAGGAGACUGGAGAGUGAACAAAAGAAUGGGUGGAUGAGGACGGAGAAAUGAAAGGCUAACUUUAUGAUGAAUUCUGAAUCAGAAAAUAGAGGGUUUUGAUCUCCAACAUUCAUAUGCCCAAGAAGAGCCAAUUAAGGGCCUGGGGUUUCUGACAAGGAACUAAGAGCAGACGGGCAGAGGCCUGCACUGUGGCCUGCAGCGUAGCAGAAGCCAAUGGCUGCGCUCCAGACUCCCGUGUUCCUGCUGGCCUGGGACUUCCUCACUCUCUGGAGUCUGUGUGCCCCAAUUGUGUGUUUAAUUUCAGUCUUUUCCUCCUUUUCAGGUUUUACCACAGGAGAAUAACGUCUCCAUUCUAAUCUGAAAUGAAUUAUUUAUGCCUAUGAACAUGCUGGAUGCCCACCUGCCUUAUUUUUCGAAUAAUCCACAUGAACAGGAAUUCACACGAGGCAUGGCAAACAUAAUUUUGAGGAAAUCUGUUUACCACAACUGACUCCAGAAGAGAGAACCUGACAGACCAGUAACAUGGAGGAAAUCGAGAAAGUUAUCAAAAAGCUGCCAUCUCCCAAAACACCAGGCCCACGUGGUGUUACAGGUUAAAAAAGAUCCUUCAUGAGGAAGAAAGAUCUUAAGCAACAUGGAUUCUGAAGCUCAUGAAAAGAGGGCGCCACUCCUAACAUCUUCGAAACAAGACAUAGCACCUCAUAUUGCACACGUUGGUGGAAUGAAGCAUUACUUGUGUGGCUGCUGUGCAGCCUUCAACAAUAUAGCCAUCACCUUCCCCAUUCAGAAGGUCCUCUUCCGGCAGCAGCUGUAUGGGAUCAGGACGCGGGAUGCAGUCCUUCAGCUGAGGAGGGAUGGAUUUCGAAACUUAUACCGCGGAAUCCUUCCCCCCUUGAUGCAGAAGACGACCACGCUGGCACUGAUGUUUGGGCUCUAUGAGGAUUUAUCUUGCCUUCUCCAUAAGCAUGUCAGUACCCCGGAGUUUGCGACCCGUAGCAUGGCAGCAGUACUGGCAGGGACAACAGAAGCGAUCUUCACUCCACUGGAAAGAGUUCAGACAUUGCUUCAAGACCACAAGCAUCAUGACAAAUUUACAAACACCUAUCACGCGUUCAAGGCGCUGAAAUGCCAUGGGAUGAGAGAGUAUUAUCGAGGCUUGGUGCCCAUUCUUUUCCGUAAUGGUCUCAGCAAUGUCCUUUUUUUUGGCCUUCGAGGGCCCAUCAAGGAGCAUCUGCCGACCGCCACCACUCACAGUGCUCAUCUGGUCAACGAUUUUAUCUGUGGAGGUCUGUUGGGGGCCGUGCUGGGAAUCUUGUUUUUUCCAGUUAAUGUCGUAAAAACUCGCAUGCAAUCUCAGAUUGGUGGGGAGUUUCAGUCUUUCCCCAAGGUUUUCCAAAAAAUCUGGCUAGAACGGGACAGGAAACUGACAAAUCUUUUCAGAGGUGCCCAUCUGAAUUACCAUCGGUCCCUCAUCUCUUGGGGCAUAAUCAAUGCGACUUACGAGUUCUUGUUAAAGAUUAUAUGAAAGAAGUCAGUUAAGUGCCAUUUAUCACUUGAAUAGACCUUCUAAGAAGAAUGUGGUUUGGCCUCAUUCCUAAUUGGCCAGGACAGUUGGUGUCCAGGGCACAAGGAAUUAUGGGCACAGCUGUUUCCCUUAAGCACCAACGAAUCAGAAUAAAAGGUUUCAGCAGGAAAAGUUGAGGGAUUUGUUUUGUUUUAUUGUUAUCUGAGAACUUGAGGCUCAUUGCCUGGUUAAUAGCUGUCCAUCUGAUGGCUUUUGACAAGGAAACUAAUAGCCAAGAUUUUAUUUUCUUCUUCAAAAGUCUUUAAACCUUCUGUAUUGAAACGUAAGUGGCCAUGAGCAGCCGGAGGAAAGGUGUUUAGGGCCUGCUGAAUUCUCAGGCUGACCUCCCUUACUCUGUUUCGUCCUCCUCCGCCCUCAGGUGAGCUGCAGAGUAGGCUUGAUUCACCUGGAGCGUGUGCGUGGUAGGACCGGGGGAACAGCAACGAGAAGCAGCUGGCAGGUGUAGGCGUUUCAUGAUAAAUUGCUUGUGUUAGUUUUGAAACUAGGCACCUGUUGGGAUAGUCUUUAUCUAAACUUUGUUUUUUAGACACAGUUGAUGCAAGCAGCGAAUGAAAGCUCCCAGUUUGCCUUCUAGGUUUGAAAGUUUUUUGUGUAAUUCUGAAUGUGACCUUAAACCCUUCCAAAAUAUCCUUCCAUUAAUUUCACUUAUUUCAUUGCCAAAAGAUGAGGAGACUUAAAUUUUGUUACAGGCAUUUCACCCCGUUCAGUUUCAUAUUAAUUGCAUAUAAAUCAAACUCGGUUUAGCUUGGUUUCUUUGAUUGUUGCCAACUUAUCGAAGAGGUUUUUUUCUUUGAGUAGCAGUUUGUCAUGUUCAAGUAUCCUGUUCUCUUGAAAUUCUCCUUUUAAAAGAAGGAAACCACUUUCAUAAAAUUUUAUUUUGGAAGUCUGUUAACAGAAGCCCAGAUUUUUCUGGUUUCUAAAUUUUCCAGGGGAGGGGAGAACUCAGGGCACCUUUCACUCCGCGGUGUUAGCCGUCUUUUUUUUUAUUUUACUCUUGGAAAUAAAGACUUCUAGGAUUUUUAUAUUUUGGGAACCCAGUUUUUACCAUUUUUGUCAUUAAAACAAUAAGACAGUUUGAUCUAAGUAAAGAUGUUUGAAGGGUUAAUUUUAAAUUCCAGAAGUUGGUAAGAGCUGGACAGAUACUCAUCCCUCACCUCACAGACCAACGCCUACUUAUCAAAGGAAUCAGGGUUCACAAUGGUUUUUCCAGACAAAUGAGGCAAAAUGACUCAUACAUCGAUUGAGUAACUAAUAAAACAUACGAAGCAUCCUAGAAAAGUGGUUCAUCAGUCUUGUAAAAGCCCCCCUCAGUCCAGACUGUGUGGUUAAGAUUGCCAGCACGGGACGCGGCAGGGCAGUUGGGCUUCUUAUGAACCGGCUUUUCUUCAUUCUGGACAAUUGCAUCUGAAUAUGUGUACAUACUGACUGAAAUAAAAUCAGGCUCUCAGUUGGUAGUUUCCUCAAUUUCUGGGCAGAUAGUCCAAAAAAAGACAUUUAACCUCUGAACACAGUGUGGCCUGUCACACGCUGAGCACGCUCCUUCCAGACAGGCAGCGGUGGGGCACGCAGCUUCCCAGCGCACGGCAGACUGGCUUGUGCUGAAAGUGGCGCUUCACUUUAGAAACCGAGGUGCAGAUGUAAGGAUUUCAGAAAAGCCCUUGACACCUAAUAAGUGUGAGGAGCAUCCUUUGGCUGAUUGAAUAGAAUCAGGAUUUGAAGGGGCUUGAGUUUCAGAAAUGGACAGUGAGGGCACCGUGGGGCCUGCGGCCUUGUUCGCGGGCAUGUGUCCCUGAGUGCCGAGUGUCCAGGUGCCCUGCGUGGGGCAGGGGCACCACCCGGGACUGGCCGCCGAGGCCUUGGUUCCACAGGGCUUCCUUUUGUCUACACACUCCACGCAGCUGACAGAAAUCUGAGUUCCAAGGCACUUCUGGGAAAUACGAAUGAAUUCAGAGGAGGAUGCCUUGGUUUCUGCUGUUUCAAAUAUGUGGCAUUUAAAAAACAAUAUUUUUACUGGUUUUAGCUCAUCAUAUUUUUGAAUUUCUUUGUCACUUUUUACAGCUUUUGAAGACCAAACUGCAAAUACAUUACCAGGGAUGGUUUUGUGUUGUCCUAUAUAGACUUCUUAAAUUUAACAAAAUAUUCAGAACUUGUGGUAGCCAACAGCUUUGUCUGGCGUUUAAAAUAAGUCAAAAUGUGUUGUUAAUAAGAGAUGCAAACUGUUGUUACCUUCAGUGUGGCCUAGUGUGGUAAUAGUCUUGAAAAGGCAAACAUCGAGUAACUUUAUCUGAAAAGCUUUAAAAGUGGCCUGUUACAUACGUGGUGCAGAUGGUGCCUCGUCUUGCCUCGUGUGCUCCGUGUCUGCUGCCACCAGAAGUGGCUCUGGGCUCUGCAUUUGACAUGCUCAGAGUGCCGUGAGCCCUCAGGACUGCACCGCGGGGGAAGGCCAGCCCCUGUCUGGUGCCAGUUCUGUCCUUGUUUCAUUUGUGCUUGGAGGCAGAGUUGAUGUUUUGUCUCAGUAGUCAGUGUUCACCUUACCAUAUGGUUGGUUCUAGAAUCACCUGCUGUAUGUUGUGAACUGUGCAGUAAAGCAGAACUGGGGACAUGUAUCAUCUUUGCAGACCUGAGACUCCCUAGCCCGAUGACAGUGGCGAUUCUCAGUUACAGGGCUGUGCAGCCGCGGAAGGGGUGACGGGGGGGUUGACAGGAAGUAGGAAGUGGGGUCUAGAGGGCGUCGCGCGGGCAGUCCUGCUGGCCCGUGGACGCCGUGCUGCAGUGAGGACGUGGUCAGGGGGCGGUGGACAGGAGGCCCGUGUGAAGACGAAGCGCUCAGACUUGACUUCCUUUAAAUUAAUCACCUUUGUUUUCUCACGUGCAUGUAAAUGCAUAUCAAAGACUUGAACAGCGUUCUCCUGACAUUUGAGGAUUUUUUUAGUUUCAUUAUUAAAAGUGGUUAAGCACACAAAGCUGUUUUUGUUUGUAUUUUGUUUGAUAUUUUGAGUUUUGUGACUAUGAGUUUAAAUGAAAUCUGUUAAAAGUUUCAGAGUUAACAUGCUUCUUUUGGUAUUUGUUUGGAAUAAAGUUUUUUGUUAAGUCCA